AUGGGGACGGAGCUCGUGCACCAGGCGCCCACGCCCAGGGAGCAUAUCGAGCAGCUGGCAAAGACAAACAGCGUGCUCUCGGACUCUGAGCUCGAGGACUUUGGGGACCUGGACCCUGCCCUCCGGCGUAAGCUGGAGGCUACUAUUCUUCGGAGGACGAAGUCUCCCAUCAUCAGCUUUUUGGAAGAAUUCAAGGCCGACACAGUCAAUCGCCUUUGGGAGUUGGUCGAGUAUGCAGACAACCAAGAUUACAGUCAGGCGAAGGCAAAAGGUGAAGCUGCGGAGAUCAAAUUCGAAGUCCAUACAGGCAGAAUCCUUGUAAGAUUCAACGACAAUGGUCUCACACCCAAGAGCGUUGAUGCCUUGUGCGAUACCAGCUCUAUCGUCGACACCGCCGACACAGCAGCAAUACCCAGUCAGCUGCAGCACAAGUUUCUCUUCAAACUUGCCUGGAAAAUGCACUGGGAGUCCAACGGAUAUUCUUUCAGUUUCGUCCAUCGUGAUGGUGAUCUCGGUACGGGCAUGUUCUCACCAAUCUGGGAAGAGGACCAACCCAGAGACGAACCUUUGGAACAAGAGACCAGUGGAGGUACUUGUAUUACGCUCUUUCUGCACAAGCAUGAUGACCCGCAGGCCGACUUGGAGCAGACAUGUCAUAUUCUUAGGGAAUUCGAGAUUCUCCAGAACAGCACCUGCGAGCUUCUGCUUACUACCAAAGUGGAGAACUUUACUGUGUCUUCACACGAUUCUGAAGGGAACACCUUGGAGUCGACUAUAAUCAGGCUCAAGCGGCGCAAGGUUGAGAGACAAGACCUUUUCACCAUAACCAGAAGCAAGUCUUCGGAGGAGACAGUAGACGAGCGGGUCUUCAUCCACGAUAUCACAUUUUUCGACGCUCCAUCGAAGAUCGAUGAUGAGAGUACUGCUCUCGAGCAAACCGACAUUGUCAUUGCGUUCGAAUUGACACAUGACCCACGAAGCGGACCUCAGCCCGUUUGGGGAUGCCACCACGCGCAGUUGAAGUCUUUGGGCCUGAAGUUCCUGCUCCAAGCCGAUUUCGAUGUCCGCGACGGCAUCCCAGCCCCAAGUAAGCGGAACCAGGCGAUCCUCGAUGCCAUCGCCACCCAUUUCGUCCACAUUGUCGAAAGCUUCUCCAAGACAUCACUGGGCUAUCAUUGGGCUCGCUGGUUACCUCAAAAGGAGGACGCUGGCUCAGGCACCAUGAUCACACCAGCCCGCUUGCACAGUAAGAUCAAAGAUGUUCUGAAUGACGCGGAAGUCUUCCGAACGAGGACGCCGGAUGAAUUCCAAACGCUCUCUGCCGUUCGACGGAUACCUGCUUUUUGGCUCGAUGACAACGGUGACCCGCUGUUCCCGGAUACAGAUGACCCUGUCUAUCCUGCGAAAGAAUACGAAAACUCGGAUCUGGAUCUUCUCUCGUCUUACGGUCUUAAGUAUAUGACUUGGGACCAUCUGCUGGCUCGUAUCAAGUUUGACAUGCGAGGGGCAGGCCAGCAUACCCCUCGUUGGUCGCCUAACAAUCUCCUAACCAACGAGACGUGGCGUUGCCUUGCUGUGGAAGCAAUACUUCACAUUCAUCACAACAUUCCUCAAGAGGCCGCCAAGCGGCUGCGGAAGAUGCCGCUGAUUCCACUAUGUACGACGCAGAUGGUUACGGCGGCAAAAGUCAAGCCGAUUUAUUUUCCUUUUGACAACAAGGGUCUGGAGAUACCGACGUCCCUUUCGCUACAUAUCGUCCUCAAGGAUCUGAGCGGCGUCUCCGCUUUUGGUCCUGACGACCAGGACCGGCACAACUUGUUCAACAGACUUGGGGUGCAAAUGGCAAACACGACUUUCGUACGCGACCGGAUCCUCAGCUCACCAAUGCAUGAAGUACUGAAGUCGGGGUCGUCGAAGAAGAAUCGGGCCGUCGAACGAUUGAGAUACCUGUUUCUUUCUGACGAAUGGAGUGUCGAGACUGAAGACCCGUCACUGGUGGCCGAGAACCUCGUUGUGAUGGAUACCAAGAAUCGCAUACGAAGUCCAGCCGGCUCAGCCCACCAUCGUACAUAUUUGAAAACAACCGACCCGUACGGACCCUGGGAGCUUCUCAAAGGUCCUUCGAGUGGCGAAGGCACCGAAUUCGAUGCCUCUUUCCUCCACGAAAUGUAUACGAAGGACGAGCCAGCUGCCAAAGACGGCGGCGAGUCCUGGACUGCGUGGCUGCACCGCUACCUGAGCAUCAGCACACACCUUCCACUGGUCGACCCGCAAAACACCGCAAAGCUCUCACCAGAGUUCGAACACGUGUACACGCACCAUCCAGAAAGGUUCGUCGGCGCGCUGCAGCGACACUGGCAUCUCUGUGACGAGUGGUCGCCCAAUCACGCGGCGUUUAUCGAGAAUCUACGAAAUCGCGAGGUCAUCUGCAACGACGGGAAGAAGUACCGCCUGUCAGAGACGUUCCUUCCACUUCCCGAGGUGAGGGAGAAGUUUUUGGAAUAUGUCGCUACUCCGUUUGCCGUCCUUGAUCUUGACGAGGAGGUCACGGCAUCUUCUUAUUCUUUCAAAUGGGGAUUUUUGGUCCUGGAGCUACGCGUCAAGACCGGUGUCUUCGAAAGCAUGGAGUUCUAUCUUGAUGUCCUCAAGAAGCUUUCGUCGCUUCCCAAGAGUGGCUUUGCGAAGCCGGACGCGUUUGGCGACACAAUCGUACGACUGUAUGAGAAGAUCCAAGCUCUCUUCGUGUCUCUUAGCGGCAGCAGCUCAGAACGGGCCAAAACAGAACGGUCCAAAUUAUGGCAAGAGUUUCAGAACAAUCGUUUAGUCUGGGUGCCAGGAGAAAGCGGAGCUGAUGAAGACGUGCCGCGCUGGGCUACCCUCAAGGAAUGUGUGUGGAAGGCCCCUCAUCAUAUCCUUUCCAAGCACAACCUCGAGGAACGCUACAGAACGCAGCUCGAAGGCGCGGACGAAAGAUUGGCAACUUUGGAACAGUUUUUCCAAACUACCCUCGGCAUCGCGGAUUGGAGCUUUGCCAUUGACGACAUGAUCGUGGAGUUGUCUGAGCUUCGGCGGGCAGAAUCUAUCGAAGAAGAUAUUCGGGAGAGCAGCGCACUAUACUGUUACAAGCGAAUGGAUGAUAUCCUGGGAAAAGGAAUAACUCGGAAGGUAGAAGUAGAGCGGCUGAGAAAGACUUUCACAGACGAACAGCUCAUCUAUGUGCGAGACAAGCGCACCGGCCGUAGCAUGUGGCUAACGUCUCGCUAUUGCUUUUGGUCCUUCGGCACGAUUAGUCCCCUGAACCACAUAUCAAUCAACUCGAUGUAUCCUGAUUUCAACACCUUAUUCGUCAAAUUCCUCGGAGUUCACCAGCCCGACUUCGACAUGGUUUACAAAUUUCUCCUUUCGUCGAGUAAGCUGACUUCCGCUACUCUCUCAAACGUCAAAGCAGCUAUGUUGGCGCUUAACACGUAUGGAGACUUCCGAGGACGUCACAGCACUCUGGAUCCUGCGCCUCUUUUGAAGGAGAAGAUUUUCCCGGUCCGACACCCGGACGGCAAGGUAACUCUUGAGCCUAUCACAACCGAGUUCUUCAUCAUGGACAGGAAGAAUUUCGGAUUGAAGUUCGCGUCGAAGGUAAAGCUUCUCGAUUUUACUGUCGAAGAAACCCAGAGCCUCGAAGCCGUGUUUGUAUGGCUUCGCAUGGGCGAUCGCUAUCUGUCCUUCUUCGUACGCGAUCGGGACCUUCUCCUGGAUGUCUAUUCAUCGAGCCCCGUACAACCAUACCGGGAUAUAAAGCGUCGGGCGUACGCAUUAUGCCGAAUUGCUGCGCAUUGCCGUAGCCCACGCUGGGCUGCAGAUAAGCGAAAGAUGUACCAAGAUCUCAUGAACUUGGAAACCUACGAGACAGAUGGUAUCUAUCGGCAACUGUCCAUUCUUCAAGACGGUCAAACCCACUACUCCGAGAUCGAGAAAAGCGAUGGCAUCUUCUGGGCAGACAAUGAAAGGUUGUACGUUCCGCGUGAUCCGGCUCGACAGGAUGUCUGCUAUCACAUGAAUCUCCCAAAACAGGUUUUCGCCUGGAUGAUGAGAGAUCCCUCAACUGGAAGACUCACUUUGAGUGGAUUCGCGGUGGACCGGAAGAUCCAACUCGUCGCUGCUGUCAUCAACAUGUCGGAGUCAAGUGUGCCUCUGGCCUUAGUUGCGGCAGACAUUGACGAGAUCGAUUGGCGAGAGGUGGACAACGAGAGGGUGGCGACCACGCCCAAAGCCGAAGUACCACACUACUUUGAGAUGCCCACGACACCCACGAAGAGCAGGAGUCCAACACCCGACCUGGCGAACGCAGCUGAACCAGCUGAGGAGGCAGCCAAUACGCCAGAGGCAUCUACGACACCCACAAAGCGCAAAAGCUCAUCACCUGAGCCGCCUAAUGCAGCUGAGCCAGCUCAGGAGACCGUCGUCGCGCAAUCAGACAUUGUUCUCCCCAGCAUCGAAGACUCCGAUACGCCGAAACGUGCGAAGUUGGCAAUGGUGAAAGUGGAAGAGUUCGAUUUCCGAAUGCCUUCACCGGACCCGAGACCAAAAUCUAUCUCGUCACCUGUCAAGACCUCAUUACCCGUAGUGCCUGCAGACCAAGGCUUCACCUUUAGGAUACAGACCCCGCCAACUGUCACUCGUCUGCUUCAGUCCCCGCCGGAUGAGGACUAUGGGGGGGUGAGAUAUGUUACCGGAGAAGAAAUGGAUUAUCAAGAUUGA